AUGACCAAGGUUUCGGCCGCUAAGAAGACGCAGGCUUCCCCCCACGUGGGCGCCGCGUGGCCCCUCUGCGCCUCCGAACACCUGAUGCAGACAGACUGCGCUGUUGGUACCCUCAAACCGCCGCGUCCCCACGGCUUAGCCACGGAGGUCCCAGACAAGCCCAUGAGGAGCAUCAGGUACAUAGACAAGGAAAUAAAGAACCUCAAGAAAGACCUCAUGCGAAGCCGUUUCCUGAUCCAGGCCGUGAAGAUAGGCCGUGGGUAUUUUACCAUCCUGAGGGAGGAGACGGCCAUGAAGAAGAGGCAGCAGCAGCUUCAGAGACUGCAGGAGGAAGAAAGAAACAAGUUCCAGCCCGCCAAAAAGGUCUCAGAAAUCCUCUACGGGGACUCCCUGCUGGUCACCCACGAAGAGAAGUUUAAGAAACUGGGGACCAGAGCUAUACUUCGCCCGUUCACCCCCGUCCACAGCUGUAUCCUCUCCUCCUGGCUGCCGGAGGCUCACAUUGAGCCCCUCUUCCGCCAGCUCUGUGCCCUGCACUGGCUACUGGAGGCCCUGACCAUCGACCACACCCACCACACCAUGAAGCCGCUGAUCACCUGCUGGAACCCAAAGGACCCGGGUGGAAGCAAGAGCACCGUAAAAAAAAUCAAUAAGGACAAGUCCAUGGGACAGAGGUGGGAUCACUUCAUCACGGCUCCGAAGACGAAGAAAUUCAAAAUCCCUUCCACGCGCACCACCAACCGCAAGCCGAGUCGGCGGGGCUCCAUGGUCAGUCUGUCCAGGAUCAGCGGAGGGUCCUCCCCGCAGAGCAGCAUGGUCUCCAUUAACCCCAGCUCUGAUGAGCCCCAGAGCAUGGUCACCCAGGUGGCCAGCAGCAAGGACAUCGAGGACAAUGAGUCGUCUUCAACCAAGCUGGAUGAGGAAGCUCUUCACAUCAAUCUGCAGAAGCUCCUGGAGAUAGUUCGGGAGCAUGCCCGGCGGACAAUCAUGAUGGAAUACGGGCUGCAGAAGAAAGCACCCAGCAUCCUGUCAGUGUUAAAACCAAACAAGAGCGAUUCUGCCCUCAAGGAUGGACAGACCACCCACAAGUCAAGUGAACGGUCUGGCAGCACAAGUGCAGAGAGCCACACACCGCUAGUCCAGAAGAAGUCCAAGAGCCGGGCCACCCAUGACCUCAUCCACUGCAAGAUGGGGGUGUGUAGCAGCAUGAGGGCCAAGUUUUACAGCGUGGCCCAGGAGGCCGGCUUCUGCCUUCAGGACAAGAUGGAGAUCUUCUUAAAGCGCCAAGAGGAGAGAGGUCUCCAGAAGUUCGAUUCUUUUGUGCUCGUCUCAAACUUUCAAAAGGAUCUGGCGAAAAUGAGACAUCAAGUAACGGUCAUAAAGGGGGACGCGGAAGAAAUCGCAGACCACUGGUACUUUGACCUCAUGUCCAAGCUCCCCGAGGACCUGAAGAACUUCCUCCCCGCCAAGAAGGUCCUGCUGAAACUGCAGAAGUUUGGGGAGAACUUGGACCUGAGGAUUCGGCCCCACAUCCUCCUGAAGGUGCUGCAGGAGCUGAGGGUCUGGGAGCUGUGCUCCCCCGACAUUGCUGUGGCCAUCGAGUUUGUCCGGGAACACAUCAUCCAUAUGCCUCAAGAGGAUUACGUCAGCUGGCUCCAGAGCCGGCUCAACACACCCAUCAGGCCCCACAGCACCCUGACAUAG